UUCCAUUUUAUGAUUUUAAUGUUUUUUUUUCUUUUAAUCACACCGAGCUAACGUCGUUCGUUCUUCGAUCUCCGAUUUACAGAUUUAAGCGAUAAUACGAGAUCCGAAGGGCACACAGCCUUCCUAAGCUUAAUCUGUAAAUAUGCCUUUCAGACUCGAAAUCAAGAGAAAAUUGUCUCAAAGGUCUGAGAGAGUAAAGUCUGUGGAUCUGCAUCCUACAGAACCAUGGAUUCUAGCAAGUUUGUAUUCUGGAUACUUGAAUAUUUGGAACUACCAGACACAGGUGAUGGCCAAAUCCUUCAACGUGACCAAUUUACCAGUUCGGUCAGCCAAGUUUAUAGCGCGAAUGCAAUGGGUCGUGGCAGGAGCCGAUGAUAUGGAUAUUCGUGUAUACAAUUACAAUACCAUGGACAAGGUUAAAGUGUUUGAGGCUCAUUCAGACUACAUUAGAUGUGUGGCUGUUCAUCCAACCCUUCCAUAUGUGCUGUCAUCUUCUGAUGAUAUGCUCAUAAAGCUUUGGGACUGGGAAAAAGGUUGGGCUUGCACUCAGAUAUUCGAGGGACAUUCGCACUAUGUGAUGCAAGUCACAUUUAACCCAAAAGACACCAACACUUUUGCCAGUGCAUCACUUGAUCGUACCGUAAAGAUUUGGAAUCUUGGUUCUCCAGACCCAAAUUUUACAUUGGAUGCCCAUCAGAAAGGAGUAAAUUGUGUAGAUUAUUUCACUGGUGGUGAUAAACCCUACCUAAUUACCGGCUCUGAUGAUCACACUGCUAAGGUCUGGGACUAUCAAACAAAAAGUUGUGUCCAGACCCUUGACGGGCACACACACAAUGUAUCUGCAGUAUGUUUCCAUCCAGAGCUUCCAAUUAUAAUCACAGGUUCUGAAGAUGGCACCGUUCGCAUUUGGCAUGCAACUACGUACAGGCUAGAGAACACAUUAAAUUAUGCCCUGGAGAGAGUUUGGUCCAUUGGUUACAUUAAAAGUUCGCGCCGGGUUGUUAUCGGAUAUGAUGAAGGAACCAUUAUGAUUAAACUUGGACGAGAAAUUCCUGUCGCCAGCAUGGACAAUACUGGAAAAAUCAUAUGGGCUAAGCAUAACGAAAUUCAAACUGCGAACAUCAAAAGUGUUGGUGCAGAUUAUGAGGUUACUGAUGGAGAGAGGCUGCCCUUGGCUGUUAAGGAGUUGGGGACCUGUGAUCUCUAUCCACAAAGCUUGAAGCACAAUCCUAAUGGGAGAUUUGUCGUAGUCUGUGGUGACGGGGAGUAUAUAAUCUAUACGGCUUUGGCUUGGAGAAAUAGGUCAUUUGGUUCUGGAUUGGAAUUCGUUUGGUCGUCCGAGGGGGAGUGCGCGGUUAGAGAAAGCUCAUCAAAGAUUAAGACAUUUAGCAAAAAUUUCCAGGAAAAGAAGAGUAUUCGCCCUACUUUCUCAGCUGAGAAGAUCUUUGGAGGAACCUUGUUAGCCAUGUGUUCAAAUGAUUUCAUCUGCUUUUAUGAUUGGGCUGAAUGUAGGCUGAUUCAACGUAUUGACGUCACUGUAAAGAAUCUUUAUUGGGCUGACAGUGGUGAUUUAGUAGCCAUUGCUAGUGAUACGUCAUUCUACAUCUUGAAAUACAACCGGGACUUGGUUUCCUCACAUUUUGAUAGUGGAAAAUCUACUGAGGAAGAAGGUGUGGAGGAUGCUUUUGAGGUUCUCCAUGAGCAUGAUGAACGUGUUAGGACAGGCAUAUGGGUUGGUGACUGUUUCAUUUACAACAACUCUUCCUGGAAGCUUAACUAUUGUGUCGGAGGCGAGGUAAACACAAUGUAUCAUUUGGACCGCCCGAUGUAUUUGUUGGGCUAUCUUGCAAGUCAAAGUCGGGUAUUCUUGGUAGACAAAGAAUUCAAUGUUAUUGGAUACACCUUGCUGAUAAGCCUGAUUGAGUACAAGACUCUUGUGAUGCGAGGUGAUCUAGAUAAAGCCAGUGAAAUCUUACCUACAAUUCCUAAAGAUCAGCAUAACAGUGUUGCCCAUUUCUUGGAGUCACGAGGAAUGAUUGACGAGGCUCUGGAAAUUGCGACAGAUCCUGACUACAAAUUUGAGUUGGCCAUACAACUGGGUAGACUUGAAAUUGCGCAGGAAAUCGCUGUAGAAGUACAGAGCGAGUCUAAGUGGAAGCUAUUAGGAGAGUUAGCCAUGUCCUCGGGGAAGCUGCAAAUGGCAGAGGAAUGCAUGAACAACCGGAUACCAGAAGCUGCUCUGAUGGCAAGAUCAUAUCUUCCAAGCAAAGUACCUGAGAUAGUAGCACUUUGGAGGAAAGAUCUCAGCAAGGUUAAUUCAAAAGCAGCAGAAUCUUUGGCUGAUCCUGAGGAGUACCCAAAUCUUUUUGAAGAUUGGCAAGUUGGUCUUUCCAUCGAAGCAAAAGCUUUAGAAACAAGGGGAGUUUAUACAGGUGCAGACAAUUAUCCUAGCCAUGCUGAUAAAUCUUACAUGACCCUUGUGGAAGCCUUUAGAAACUUGCAAGUUGAGGACGAGGAAUCACUUGAAAAUGGAGACAUGGAUCACGAGGAGGUUGAAGCAGAAGCAAAUGGAGAAGAAGAAGAAGAAAAGAUUGACGAUGAGGUUGUAGAGGAACAUCAUGGAGAAGGAGAAGAAGGAAUCGUUGAUGGUGACUCAACGGAUGGAGCAGUGCUUGUAAACGGAAGCGAGGCUGAAGAAGAGUGGGGUACGAAUAACGAAGGAAACCCAUCAGCCUAUGCUUACACCACCUUCCUCUUCGUCUCUGACCACUUCGCUCCGGCGUUAGGUUUUUCUUCUUUCUGCUACUGCUCCUUCUCCGGUGUCUGUUGAUAUUCACUCAGAACAUUUCUAAUGGGGGACUCGGAAACCGCGCAGCAAACUUCGAAAAAGAGAGGUGCUUCGAAGCAGAUUUCUCGUGAGAAUCCAGGUCUUGAUGAUGAUGAUGAAUCAGCCGGACUUGAGACUGGAACUUUCAAGAAGGCCAGUGAUGAGGUAUUGGCGAGUAGAAGAAUCGUGAGGGUCAAGCGCAAAGAGCCAUCAGCUCCACCAGCCGCAGCAUCCAAUCCAUUUGCUGGGAUUCAGUUGGUCCCUGCUGCAACUGCACCUGCUGCUUCGACAACUUUUGGAACAAGUGCUCCUGUAGCUGAGUCUAUGUUGGCUCCAGCGGAAGCGGUUGUUGAGGAUGAUCAAAAGGCAAUUAAUACUGGAGAGGAAGACGAUGAAGUUGACAGUAAGAAGGUGAAUGCCAAAGAUUCUGCUGGUGAAGAGAAUCAAUGUGGUGAGAAGACGUCUGAUAACCAAGUUACUGAUGCUGCUGUAGACCAGACGGUUUCGGCUGUCGAAGGAACAGACCAGACUGAGACUGAGGCUCCUCUUGAGAAGGAUUCAGGAGGUGAUCAAACUGAGGGAAAAGAGAAAGAAGGCGACGAAAGAAAAGAAGGAGAAAAAAAUGGUGAUGAUAAUGGAGCUUUGAGUUCGUUCCAACAGCAUUCAAGUAGCAAAAACGCAUUCACGGGACUCGCCAGUACAGAGGCUUCUGGCUCUUCAUUCUCAUUCGGUUUGGUUUCACAGGAUGGUUCAACUGGUUCUGGAUCUCUCUUUGGGUUUGGCCUUCAGAACAGCAAUAACUCUUCCCUCUUCGGUGCAACUGGAUCUUCCAUCAUCAAGAAGAGCGAAGGCAGUGCGUUUCCACCAAAGGAAGAGGUUUCCACAAAGACAGGAGAAGAGAACGAGAAAGUUGCCUUCUCUGCUGAUUCGAUCAUGUUUGAAUACCUUGAUGGAGGAUGGAAAGAGCGUGGUAAAGGAGAACUCAAGGUAAACGUCUCCAGUAAUGGUGGUAAAGCAAGGUUAGUUAUGAGAGCUAAAGGAAACUACAGGCUGAUCUUGAACGCGAGCCUCUACCCAGAAAUGAAACUUGCAAGCAUGGACAAAAAGGGAAUCAGUUUCUCUUGUGUGAAUAGUGUAGGCGAAGGCAAAGAAGGUCUCUCUACGUUUGCACUCAAGUUCAAAGACCCAACGAUCGUGGAAGAGUUUCGGGUAGCCAUUGACAAGCAUAAAGACAGCAAACAGAUUGAAGAAGCAGCUCUUCCUCUGAAGACACCUGAGAACUCUCCAACAGCGACAGAUGCUUGAAGAGAAAGGUAAAAGAAAACAAAAAAAAGGAGCAUGUAGAAACACUUCUCUUUGUCUUUGUGUCUUGUUUCGUUCGUUAGUAGUUGAAUUUUGAGGCAGAGGAAAAUAGAGAUUUGAAGAAGUUUGUUGUUUUUUUAUUUCUACAGUUCUUGAGACUUUGUGGUUACCAUGAGACUUAAAUCUGCUUCUUAAUCUAUUUUAUAUUAGCUAUUUGAAUGAGAUUGUUCUGGAAUUGUGGAUCAGUCUUGUGGAU